AUGGGAGGAAACUGGAAAAGACAAGAAAAUCUUCAGAAUGUUCCACAGAUUCCUUGUAUCCGAGUCCCUUCUUCUGCCUCUGCCACUUCAUUAUUGAAGGAUCUAACCCAAGGGCAACAGCGCUACCUUUACAGCAUCAUGAAGAUUUACAACUCCAGGCCCCAGUGGGAGGCCCUGCAGACCCGUUAUGUUCACAGCCUUCAGCACCAGCAGCUGCUCGGCUACAAUUACUCAGCAGGAAGCCUUGUCUCCUGCCAUAGUACUUAGAGAUUCAACCAAGAGAGCCUCAGCCAAGGUUGCUCCUCAAAGAACCAUUCCCUGGAAGUCUUCAACCGUGACAAGAGAAGGUCCAUCAG